UAAACUCUCUGAAACAUGAUUCAACCUGUAAGAAAACAUUCAGCUGCUCUGAGUGUGGGAGGAGCUUUGGGACCAAGCAACAGCUGAAGAGUCACAUGAGAACUCAUACAGGAGAAAAACCUUUCAGUUGCUCUGAGUGUGGGAAAAGAUUUGGCCAGAGGACAGAUCUGAAGAGACACAUGAUAACUCAUACAGGAGAAAAACCUUUUAGCUGCUCUAAGUGUGGGAAAAGAUUUGGCCACAGGGCAGAUCUGAAGAGACACAUGAUAACUCACACAGGGAAACUUUUCAGCUGCUCAGUCUGUAAGAAGUCUUUUACGCAUAGUGGAAGUUUAAAAAAACACAUGAGAAUCCACACAGGAGAGAACUCUUUAAGCUGCUCUGAGUGUGGUAAAGCUUUCAUUGAUAGUGGAACCCUGAAGAUACACAUGUUAACUCACACAGGAGAAAAACCUUUUAGCUGUUCAGUUUGUAAGAAAUCGUUUACACAGAGAGGAAAUUUACGGUCACACAUGAGAACUCACACAGGAGAAAAACCUUUCAGCUGCUCAGUUUGUAAGAAAUCUUUUACACAUAGUGGAGAUUUACAGAAACACAUGAGAACCCACAGAGGAGAAAAACCUUUCAGCUGCUCUGAAUGUGGUAAAGCUUUCACUGAAAGUGGAACCCUGAAGAUACACAUGUUAACUCACACAGGAGAAAAACCUUUCAGCUGUUCAGUUUGUAAGAAAUCUUUUACACAGAGAGGAAAUUUACGGUCACACAUGAGAACUCACACAGGAGAAAAACCUUUUAGCUGCUCAGUUUGUAAGAAAUCUUUUACACAAAGUGAUCAUUUACGGUCACACAUAAGCUAUCACACGGGAGAAAGAAGAUUCAGCUGCAGGGUUUGUAACAAAAGAUUUGUGUGGCGUUCUGAUGUUAAAACACAUAAAUGUGUUGGUCCGAUGGAAACAGAAGCUGAUGGAGAGGACUGUGGAGAACGACAAAAGCCAGGUUGUUAAUAAAGAGGAGUGUGUGUGUGUCUGUCUGUCUGUCUGUCUGUCUGUCUGUCUGUCUGUGUGUGUGUGUGUGUGUGUGUGUGUGUGUGUGUGUGUGUGUGUGUGUGCUGAUCCCCAGUUAGCGCUGCAACAGUGCUAAUCGGGAAAAUAGAUAACGUCUUUGUCGGGACUGUGCAUGAUCUGGCCAUGAGGAAAGACAUUUGUACUGUACGUUGCCAUAGUAAUCCACUGAGUAAAUGUUUGUACCAAAAUGUUUCUGUUGUUCAGCCUUCAUUCUGGUAAAGCUGCAGCUAAAAUUUUUAUCAAAUCGAGGAUUUGGAGAAUGAUGACACCCCUACAGUAGAGUGAUGGCAGGCCAUUUUAUUUACCACGAAAACAGCACACUGCCAACCACAUAGCCUAUACAGCCAAGUAGUAGGACUAUCAAAACCUGGCCUGACACUGCCCUGUCCCAGCUCCAGGACUGCUUCCAAUAAGGACAUAAGCCCUUACA